GGAAACAGUGGUCACAGAAAACGCGUGUUAGCGUUGUUUAAACAUCCAUACCCUAAAAUAUUGUGCAGCUUAUAUCUAAGUGACAUAAUAUUUAAUUUUCUUUUUAAAAAAUCGUUCGAUACAAGUAAGAUUAUUUUUAGUUCCCUAUUUUAGAGGGAUUUGAAGUCACAACAAAUCUUUAAUAUGGAAACAAGGUCGGGCCGUAAGAGACAGAGAGCGGUAGCGGCAACGGGCGACGCGACUGCAGAAGACCAUUCUUUCCGCGAGACAGUCGCGGGGCAUUACGCGACAAGUGCUGCCAACAAACGCCGGCUUAAGUGGAGCAUUUUUUUCCACUACUUACUCUCAUUUGGCAUGCUGGCAAAACUGAUUCCAUUUUUCUUGGAUUCGUUAGACAUUUUCAUAUUGGAAAUAGAAGAGCUGGAUGUGCCCAAGCCGAUUAUGUGGGAGUUUGUUUGGCUCUUCAGCCUUCCGACAUCAUUUUUUGCACUGGAUGCUGGCAAACGCAAUAAAGUAUCUUCGUUAAGGAACUAUAUGAUUGGAAUUAUAGUUCUCGGUUAUUUGCCAUUGGUAUAUGGUACAUUCUACUGGAUGUGGGAUGUCUGGACAUUUUUGACUGCCGACCCCUGGUCAACUCAAGGCUACUUUGAUCUAGGAAAAGUGGUCUUUUGGAAAGAUUAUCCAUACGGGUUGCUCUGGUAUGGGUUCAUUUUGCUUGCCUUGCAAGUCCAUUCCUUUUCCAUGUACUUCAGCUACAAGCUGAUGGUGGCAUGGAAGUCUCGAGGAUCUCCAAGAAUACGGGUCGAUUAAAAGUGGUUCGUUUGCUCAUUACUUUACAUUACAUUACAUUACUGAUUAGAAUUGAUUUUUUGUUUUAUGUGCUUCUUCUGCUCUUCCAUUUGACAAAUUAUUUAUUAAUUUUUUUAAUGCUGGAGCCCCCACCCUACGUUUUGGUGUUAAUUCAUCUUUGUAUACAUAAGGGCCACAGCUUAUGUAAAAAAAAUCCUAGUAAUUCAUGUUACCUAUGGUUCACUCUGGGAUAUUGUUUAUUGGGACCAAAUUAGGGCUUAUUUUUUUGAACCAGCUUACCAAAAAGAGCAUUUUUUUAAAUUUAUUUUUUCCGAGUGGGGACAGAUUCUAAUAAAUAAAAAAUAAUAAUCCAGAAGAUGCAGAGGGAGUGUACUUGUUUGUUUGUUCCUCGUUGCCUGGCAACGUUAUGUAGAGUUUUAUUUAUUUAUUUUUGAAUAUCUUUAAGUUUCCCAGAACAGGAGCUUAGUGCUUAAUAAUACUCACAAAGUCAAAUGGCAAGCCUUAGAGAAAAUAUUUUAAGACAAUUAGAAAUUACAAAGUUUUCUUUCUAGUCAAAUAUAUGUGACCAAAUUGAUUAAAAAUGUAAUAUUAAAUAUUUGACUUUGGCGAGUAGUCGUUCGACGUCCAAGACUUAUAGUUUUAAGUGUUUUCCACAUUUGUGGAGUGGCCUUAUAUGAGAAAAUGUCAUAAAUUGUAUUUUAGUUACCAAUACAGUA